AUGUCUAUGAAUUUGUUCCGUUUAAGUGGCGAUAUGUGCCACGUUGUAAGUCUUCUUUUACUUAUUUGGAAACUUAAAACUUCUAAAAACUGUCUUGGAAUCUCUGCUCGAAUGCAAGAACUUUAUCUCAUUGUAUUCAUAUGCAGAUAUGUUGAUUUAUUUUUAUAUUUUAUAAGUGUUUAUAAUACGGUGAUGAAGGUGUUAUUUAUAACAAUAACAGCAUUUUCUAUAUAUCUGAUAAGGUUCAAAGCACCAAUUUCACAAACAUAUAACCGUAAAAUCGAUAAAUUCUCUUAUGAAAAAUAUCUACUAGGACCAGUUCUAGUAUUAACAUUAGUAACUACAAAGACAUAUAAAGUAUUUGAUGUAUUAUGGACAUAUUCAAUUUGGUUAGAAAGUGUAGCAAUAUUACCCCAAUUAACAAUGUUAUAUCAACAACGUGAAGUUGAGAAUAUAACGUCACAUUAUGUUGCUACAAUGGGAGCUUAUAGAGCACUUUAUGUUGUUAAUUGGGUUUAUCGCUACUUCUUUGAAAGCCCACCAUAUGUCUGCAUCAUUUGCUGGGUUGCAGGACUCAUACAAACUGCACUCUAUGUCGACUUCUUCUAUUACUUUGCUAAAUCCAAAUGGUAUGGUAAAAAACUUGUACUUCCAUUUACCGGUGAUGUCUAA